AGGGUUAAUAUAUUUAUAUGGCGCGAACUUUUCAUAUAUUAAACAUCCUAACCAAACUUUUCGAUCUAUAACUUCGUGGCCUCAACUAUGUAUCAAAGUUACGAAAUUGGCAAAACCCGAGAUUAAACCGUUAUCAUGGACGGUCAAAUGCGUUGACUAACAGUCAACGCGUCGCGUCACUACUAACUCAAAAAAGAUAAAUUGUAAUAGGUGGAAAAACAAAAAAAAAGUGUUAUAUGCCGAGGUGGCAGUGAUGUGGUGCGUUGACCGUUAGUCAAUGCGUUUGGCAGUCUAAGAUAGCGGUCAAAUCUUGGGUUUGGUCAAUUUCGUAAUUGUGAUGCAUAGUUGAGGACACGAAGUUAUAGAUCGAUAAAAUUGGUCUGAAUGUUUAAUAUGUGAAAAGUUAGGGCCACAUAGAUAUAUUAACCCUUAAAAUUAAUAUCUAGUGGAAACUAGCCGAUUAGAAAAGGGAGAGCCCAGUAGCAAAGCUUUUGCUUUAGGCUUCAUAGUUGUUGGACAAAAUUGAAUAUAGUAAUUGAGAAAAAAAGCCCAAUUAGGGAUUAAUUUCAUUUGAAGAUUUCAUAAUAGCAUAUAAAUUAACUUUAUAUUAAUUAAAUGACAAAAAUUGAGCUUUAUUGGAUUGGCAAAAUAAUUUUUAUACUAUAUCAAUGCAUAUACAGGGAUGUAUUUAUUUUUUUUACCAAAACUUACCUGUAUUCUGGGACACAUCCCAAACACCCUGCAUCCGCCUAUGAUGGAGAGUGGCCUCUGGGUUGUUCUUCUUUAGGCCUCUGUGAAAAAAUAUAGAGAAUGAAAAGAAAGGGAGAAUGCAAAGACGACGAAAAUGAGGAGGUUGAGAGAUGCUUGGUUUUUUUGGGUUUUUCAUACCGAACUGACAUAUACUUUGGGUCAGCUAGAACGAAUCAAAAUAUAUUUCAGUUCGAGAUUGAUUUAAGCAUUUGGGAGAACCAAUGUACAUGUAUAUGCUUAAUUUCGAACUGAACCGAUGCCCACGCAUAGAAUGAACUGCCAAGUAUUUAUGAUGGCAGAUCGAGGUUGGAAAUCCAAAAUGAGAUGUAAUGAGCUCCUUAGUGCCUCAGUUUCUCAGAACGAUGAGCUUCAGCAAGUAAAAACUCGAUUAUAGCAAGAGACCUCAAAAAAUAAUUAAGGUGAAAGCUAUAAUUGCUCACAUUUUGUCCCAUACGGGAGUCACUCUAUCCCCCCCCCCCCCCCCGGCUUGCGUUUUUCUUAUCAAGUAAGUCGGCUCAAGAAGGGUUACUCACCCAUGAUUAACUCAAUCAGGAUCUUUAGGUCUAAGUAAGCCCAGAAACUUUAGAUCUAAGAGUUGUGAAUUAAAGACAUUUUAUUUUUUCUAGUUUUUUUAAUCGGCUCUUAUUUUCUUCGUUCUAACUCGUAUUUCAAUUUUUUUUUCACAGAUUGAACGAGUUCGUUGUGUUCUACAAAAUGAGAUCAAUUUUCAAUAUUUUUUGAGAAUUUUUUUCAUACAUCUCGUUACCAACUCCAUACCAUAUGGUAACUCCUUUGUUUUUGAGUCAUUUUUGAAAAUAUUUGCACAGAAGGAACGAGUUUAUCUAUGGGAUCUAAAAAUUUCUGGGUGAAAAAAAUACAGGACCAAUAAUUACCAUACUUUACCACUCUGGUAUGGAGGUGGUAACUUGUGGUAAAAAAAUUAUGGAAGUCGUAAAUAACAGUUAGUAUACUCCUACUAUCAUGUAUUCAACCUUCUUACAGUCUUGGUAUGUUCAUACCAUCAUGGUACGCUUUCUUACCUUAUGGUAUGCUCCUAUUUAAUACCAUAUGGUAUUGACUGGUAAAAAAUGUCUCAAAUUUUUUUUUGUUCUAAAAAUAUAUCAAAGUGAAUAUAAUUUUAAAGAGCACAAUUAAUAUGAUUUAUCUUGCAAAAAAAUAAAUUUCAACUUAAAACGAGAGAGAAAUCGUCCGUUAAAGAUUAAUGGAGAAAAUAUGAAAGGUUUUCCAUGAGAGAGAGGAAUGCUAAUGACGCUGGUGUGGACGGAUUACUCAUGGUUACUCACCCUAUGGUUAAUGACCCGAUUCGCUCCAAUAAGUCAUUGAAGUGCAUUGAAUGCAUAUGCUUGAAUAGUCGAAUCCUUAAAAGUUAAAAAUAAUAGCGUAGAUGGAGGCAACAUGUUAUGGUGCGGUAAAUGACAUAAAUAUUGUCUUAAAAAAACAAUUACCAGCAAUAUGGUGGUUUAAAAACUAUUUACACAUAUAUGGUGUUUUUUGGUAGGUUAAAAGCGAUCAUGCCCGAGACUUAGGCGCGGCCGCUAGAUAUUGGUUUUUCAAUAAAAUCCAGCAGCGGCGCCCGAGACUGGGGCGUUGGCGCUUGAUAUAAAGCGAAAGUGCCGGCGCCCCAGACUGAGGCGUGGUCGCUGCCUUCUUCUUCCACUCCAGCAUCAUAUAUACUGGCCUUUCCUUCAGUUCUUCACCACCAAAAAACUGAAAGAAGUUCCGAAAGAAGCUAUGGUGUUGUUGUCUGGUUGCUGGGAAGAUGGCUAAUAAUAGGUAAGAGACGUAUUUAUUUUUGUAAUGCAUUCUUCAAAUGCUAUAAUGAUUUUUUCCAGUUAGUAAUUAGUGAGUUUGUUUUUUAUGUAGUGGUUUUAGAAGCUUUGAACUAGUUGUUCGGUGGAAAUCAGAGAAAGUAGAGGACAAUUAGGGUGUCCAUUUCGUUGGUGGUCUAAGUUUUCAGAUGACUAUUCCAUCCAUGGUGAACUAUCAGAAACUUUGUGAUAAUCUAGUUCGGAGAAUACGGCGUAGAGACGAAGUAGUACAAGAUAGUGUUGUGAUUACAGGUUUCACUUACUGUCUUCCAGAAUGACAUAAUGGUAUUUUAUUUCAUGAUGCGAUGCCUAUUGUCGAUGAUGAUAACUUGAAUGUGCUUUGGAAUUUAUGGCACAAAACCCUUAUUGUUUGGGUGCUGAGAUACAUGCUGAGCUCAGUGAGGAUCAGGGUGGAGAGGAAGAAGAUGACACAUGGAGCAUGCCAUCCGAUCAUGACUAUGAUGACGGUGAUGGCGGAGAGGAGGAAGAUGAUGAUGAUGAGGAGGAGGAGGAGGAGGAGGAGGAAGAAGAGAAGGAAGGAGAACAACUUAAUUAUCUUCCAUAUUUUUACUUGCAGGGUAAUGUAGAGGACGACAAAUUAUCAUAUGUUGGUUUAUAUGGCGUAAUUCCAAUGCCUAUUAUUGGUGGUUUUGAUGGAGAAUUCUACAAGGGGCAGAUAUUUCACUAGAAACAAGUUGCACAGGUGGCGAUUAAACACUACGCACUACAACGCAACUUUCAGUAUAACGUGGUGGAGUCGUCACCUUCAAUAUGGAAGAUCAGAUGUUUGAAGCACAAGGAGGACAACUAUCCUUGGAUGGUGCGGUUUGGAUGUCGAGAUGUGGGAGGCGAUUGGACUGUGAGAAAGACCGAGUUGGUAAAAACUUGUAGCAGUACGACUCAACCGAUGGAUCAUCGCCAUCUUGAUGUCGAUGUUAUAUCUGAGUCCGUGAAACACUUGGUACGUGCCCAACCAAAUCUGAGUGUUCUAACUGUGCAGGCCGAGUUGAAAGAUAAGUUUAAUACGCAAGUUACUUACAAAAAGUUUUGGUAUGGGAAAGAAAGAGCAUUGGAGAAGUUGCAUGAGAAUUGGGAAGAAUCCUACGAUUAUUUGCAAACAUUCUUGCGGGUGUUAAAGAGAAAAAUGCCAACAUUAAUUGGUGAUUGAUUGGGUAAGAGUUCCUUCAGCUCAACCAAGUCAUUCGAUAUUUUCAGCGAGUAUUCUAGGCUUAUGGACCUUGUAUAGAUGGAUUCAAGAAUUUUCCAGGUGUCAUGGUUGUUGAUGGAACAUUUCUUAUUGGGAAGUAUAAAAGAGUGCUACUCAUGGAGGGCUCAUUUGAUGGCCGGAAGAAGAUUUUUCCAAUUGCAUUUGUCAUAUUGGAGAGCGAGAAUACUGACAGGUGGUCGUGGUUCAUAAGUCACGUUCAGGGUUUGACUGAUCGAAAUGAUGUAUGCAUCAUCUCAGAUAGACAUGCGGGACUCUAUGAAGCCAUGAAUAAGAUCGAAAGAGGUUAGGAGUGGAGGUGGUGCAUGCGACACUAUGCAAGCAAUUUGUAAAGAAGACUAAAAGCAGGAUUAUGUAUAAGCAACUAUUUCGAGUCGGUAAGCCUUCUUCAUUAAAUUUUGUUAUUUGUU